UCCUGGAAGACGACGAGGGAUUCUCCGGGAGCAGUCCCAGUCAGGGGGACAAACGGGCAGCGGUGGUGGUGUCCUCACGCUCGGAAUAUCGCCGCUGAUGAGCAGCAACAAACGACGGAAAGGAUUGAACGUAACAAACCCAAUUAUCAACGCCGAGUACGUGAUUGAGCUGGAGAAGAUCGGCCACACCGAGCCGGUGGAGUUCGCUUCGAUCAAGAACGGCGGAUACUUUUACACUCACCGGUCGUGUGCCAGCCGGUCGUUUGGCGUGGGCCAUGGGGACGCUCAGCAACCUGGAGGUGGUCGUGGCGCAGGCCUUAAGCAAAAUGAGCUACUUUUGCUUGCGCCUAGGGGCGAGCCUAGUGUGCAAGAUGUUCUGUCUAAAAUUGUUCUGCUACCCGUGCAUCGCCGCGGCCGGUGGCACUACCACGGAACGUGACGUCGAUUCCGAAGUACAGCUGGAAGUGCCGGUGCUAUCGGGUUUGUUUUGAUUGGGAUUCGCGGACGCCGGGAGGGGGUGCUUCGUCGCGAUGGUUACCAGCAGCGGGACAAGGGCUUUUCGUGUCCAAUUUGUCAUUGAGCUUACUGGGUGGCGGCCCACCGGGUUGGUUAAGUGCACUUGGUGUAACAAGUAUCGUCCAAGUGCCACCCCAUUUGUUGCCGAAAAAACUGACCCAGACACCAAUAUCCACGCCAAAGUCCACUCCAAAACCGAAGGAAAAGAUCACUACGUGGACGGAGUUUGCCUUAGCGAGCACAAUCUGCACCAAAUCAAAUCGCUGCAGGCCGAGUUGGCAAGCGGAAACCAAAGCUACAGCUGCAACCUCCCCCGGCAUUGGACAAGGACGACGGAAUUCUGGCCGCAAUCGAAUCAACCGUAGCCGGGAGCAACUUGGACAACUCGUUUGAUGAUGUCAAGCUGGAACCGCUGAUUACGAACGAGCAGGACGUGGCUGAACUUGGCAUCGGUGUUUUUUUUUUGUGCGUAGGCGUCCCGAGCGGACCAAAGACGACCAAAUCUGGGAAGAAUCUACGACCGUGGAGGUCAAACCGAAGAACAAGCCAAUCGGAAGGAACCAGAAGAAUAAGAAGAUACGUGCUUCCGCAAGCCACUGUUCCCGUGGUAUUCAGUUGCCAUCAGUAGACCUGCCAGUCUUGUCCGCCGCCUCUCUAAUAGUCUUCCAUCAAGACGUCCCUCAAAAGCCCAUUCAGAAGACUCAGAUCUGGCCGGCACGACCAAGUCGAGGAACCGGUUGACAACAACAAAAACAUCUCGUGUGUGCUACUUCGGAACUACUCGGCGGAGGUGCGGACAAUUACUGCCUAGCACCGGAUUCCUAACUCUUGAUUCUUGUCAUAGAGAUGACUAAAAAGCUGUGUGUUUAAUUUAAUAUAAAAAAUUAGAAAUUUGUGUUAUAUAAUAACAAAUAAAAAGCUGUUGUUUGUUUUUCAAUAUAAUAUUUUCUCUCUGGGAGGAAUAUUUAUUAAAAACAUACAAUUUCUGUGCUUGGAAAACCAGAAAUAAACUGACUCAAUCGUAAUUUUGAUUGAUUUAGUUUUAAUUUUGGUUUAACGGCACAUAAAUUGUCUGUUUUGAUAAAUAUUCUCUGCUACUUUUUGGUUUGUGUCCUCGGGAUGGCUGAAUCCAUCUGGUGGCGAAAAGUGGUACUAGCGCUAGCCGUGAUGAUGUACGGUGGCGGCGCCAGUGGUGAAUAGUGCAAACAGUAAAAAGCUGCGUGUGAUGUCACGCACACAUUCAAAAGAACUGUCAAAAUGUCAGAAAAACACGUUGAACAUCGGAUGGUCAACGCGCUUUGCGCAUCGAAUGUUCAUGAUCGUUUAUGACCAUUCGAUGCUCAAAAUUUUGAUGCCAAUGGUCAGUAAAUUCGCAUUGGCAGUUUUGCGUGUACU